GCCCGUCCCGCAGCGCCCCGCACCCCGCCCGCCGCCCAUGGUGCUGCCCGGCCCGCCCGGCAUGGCCCGCUCCGAGGAGGUGCAUCGCCUCACCGAGAAUGUCUACAAGACGAUCAUGGAGCAGUUCAAUCCCAGCCUCAGGAAUUUCAUUUCUAUGGGGAAGACCUAUGAAAAAGCCUUAGCAAGUAUGACAUACGCAGCAAAAGGGUACUUUGAUGCUCUGGUGAAGAUGGGAGAGUUGGCCAGUGAAAGCCAAGGGUCCAAAGAAUUGGGGGACGUGCUCUUCCAGAUGGCAGAAGUCCACAGGCAGAUCCAGAACCAGCUGGAGGAGAUGCUCAAGUCCUUCCACAACGAGCUCCUGACGCAGCUGGAGCAGAAGGUGGAGCUGGACUCCCGGUACCUGAGUGCUGCACUGAAAAAAUACCAGACGGAGCAGAGGAGCAAGGGGGACUCACUUGACAAGUGCCAGGCAGAGCUGAAGAAACUUCGGAAGAAGAGCCAAGGCAGCAAGAACCCCCAGAAGUACUCGGACAAGGAGCUGCAGUACAUCGAAGCCAUCAGCAACAAGCAAGGGGAGCUGGAAAACUACGUCUCUGAUGGCUACAAGACAGCUCUGACGGAAGAGAGGAGACGGUUCUGCUUCCUGGUGGAGAAGCAGUGCGCGGUAGCCAAGAGUGCCAUCACCUACCACGCCAAGGGGAAGGAGAUGCUGACACACAAGCUGCCGCUGUGGCAGCAAUCCUGCUCAGAUCCCAACAAGAUCCCGGACCGCGCCAUACAGCUGAUGCAGCAGAUGGCUGCCAGCAGCAAUGGCACCAUUAUGCCCAGCCCUCUGUCCACAUCCAAGUCCAACCUCAUCAUCUCUGACCCCAUCCCUGGUGCCAAACCUCUCCCUGUCCCCCCGGAACUGGCACCUUUUGUAGGACGCAUGUCGGCGCAGGAGGCCAUGCCGGUGAUGAACGGAGUCUCAGGCCCAGACAGCGACGGGUACAACCACUGGUCUGAGAUGAAGCCAGCACAGCCCAAAUCUUUAUCUCCUCCCCAGCCUCAGAAGCAGCUGAGUGACUCUUACUCCAACACACUCCCAGUUCGCAAAAACGUGCCACCGAAAAACAGCUACGCCUCAGCUGAAAACAAGACACUGCCACGCUCCAGCUCCAUGGCUGCCGGGCUCGAGAGGAACGGCAGGACGAGGGUUCAGGCCAUUUUCUCUCACGCUGCCGGGGACAACAGCACCCUCCUGAGCUUCAAGGAGGGUGACCUCAUCACACUGCUGGUCCCAGAGGCCCGGGACGGCUGGCACUACGGAGAGAGCGAGAAAACCAAAAUGAGGGGCUGGUUUCCUUUCUCCUACACACGGGUCCUCGACAACGAUGGCAGCGAGCGGGUCCACACCAGCCUGCAGCAAGGGAAGAGCAGCAGCACCGGCAACCUCCUGGACAAGGACGACAUCGCCAUCCCGCCCCCCGACUAUGGCAUGGCCUCCCAGGCCUUCCCGGCGCAGGGCAGCAGCACCUUCAAGCAGCGGCCGUACAGCGUGGCCGUGCCCGCCUUCUCCCAGGACUACCUAAUGCCCUAUGGGUGUGCAAUUAAAGACUAUUCCAGUGGCCUCUGCCAAGCACCCUCCGCUCACUACAAGCCUUACACUAGGUCGACAGCUGGUCUCGAUGACUAUGGGACGAGGUCCGUCAGCAGCCCCGAUGUUGAAGUGGCCAGGUUUUGAGGUGCCCCUGCCCGUAGUUAAAACCCCUUUGCCAACGUCCAGCUGAAGCCAACGGUGACGAACGACCGCUCGGCUCCGCUCAUCAGCUGAUCGGGGAGCGCUGGCGCCCGCGGCACUCGCCACCUCCUCGUCCUCCUCAUCCUCACCACUGCAUGUCCGGCUUCCCAGGACUUCAUUUUUAGGCGGAAUUUAUUUAAUCCUGCUGCUUCGAAAGCCAAAGGCUCAAGCUAGUGCCCUAGUUCUCUCUUCUCUAGACCCAGCUUGUCCCCCUUGGUGGCAGAGGGUCACACCACGGUGGUGUCACCUGUCCUCUGCCCACACCAAGGAGUGUGGUGGCAGCACAUCCCGGAGCUGGAGCAGCACGUCCUGGGGCUGGGAUGGUUCCCAGGCUGAGCAGCAGUUUGCCAUGGGUGGGAAAAUGGGCUCAGCUGGAGAAGGGGCUCCAGGGGCUCACAGUGCUCCGGUGGGGUGGCAGUGGCAGAGGGGACACAGUCCCCCUGCUCUCCCCUGCCCAGACAGGAGGGACCCCUAGGAAAGGUGGGAUAGCCCGGAUACCCUGUGCAAGCCAAGGGAAGGUGGAAACUGUAGGCAGCUCCCAGGCUCCACCAGACCCUGGAUGCCCACCCCAUCCUCCAGGCUGGCACACCAGCAGCAGGGUGCUGGCACUGCAGCCCCUGCUGGGACAGGGCCAGCUCUGGUCCCAGAGCUCCUGCAGUGCCAGGGCUCGGGAUAUUGUAGGGAAUUACGGUACUGCUGUAAAAUAUAAGCUAGAAAAAAACACUUGUGGAGGCGAGGGCGGUGUGGAAGCCUUGGGGUGCCUGGGGCAGUUGGGGGAGCCCUGCUCCCCGCAGACAGGAGCUCCCUCCAGACCUCUUGCUUGGCUGUUUGCUCUUCCUCUAUUCCUAGGGCUGCAUGAGAGAGAGAGAUAGAUAGAGAUAAAUAUAUAUAAAUAUAUAUAUACACACACUUGCUAAGCUUAUUGCUGGGAGUGCCCACGAGUGAGGUGGCUCCCGGGCCCUUCUGCAGUUUCAGGGAGCCAACACAGGAGUCUCGUCCUUGCUCCAAAAACAGGGAGAAGGGGGUUUCCAGGCAGGAAUUGUGUCUCCCGUGGGUGAGUGGUUGAUGCCGAACAGAGUUUUUGCUUUUUCUGUUGUAUUUCUCAUUUUGCACUUCCCAAUCACUAGUGCAGCAUGUCCUGGUCACCACAGUCUGGGCAGUGGGCGCUUGGCCGGGCACAGAGUGGUGCCAGCGCGGGGCUCAGUCCCAGUGGGAUGUGGUGGUUCAUCUCUCCCAUGUUCCAUACGAUGGAUUUUCCAGCUCCGCUGCAGGAAAAGAGCUUCUCCUGCGACCGUCCAGGCUCCAGCUGUACACGAGGGUUCCCUGCUCCGUGAUGUGCCUCCUCUUCCUCUCCUGUGCCUCCUCUUCUCCCAGGGCUGGAGCAGAUGGGUGGGGGACCACACGGGGCAGGGGUGAGGGGAAGGGCUCCACUGGUGCAGGUGCAGUGGGUGGGAGAGGGCUGGUGGUCACAGCCCAGGGUGGGGACAGGCCUGGGGUCCCCUCGGCCACAGCGUUGUCCUCUUCCACCCCUGUGCCAGGGGCUGCCCCCCCGGGACCCCUGAGUAGCCACCCUGGCUCCAACCAGCCCCCGGGGGCUUCGCUGCACCUCCUGGCUCGGUGGCACCUGCAAGACGUAACCUGAAAUAAUUUUUUAUGAGAAAAAGUAAUUUAUGAGCAAUUAAAUCCCUCACUACCUUCCCUCCUGCAGCGUUUUCCCUGGCCAGAGGCACGGCCUGGCCCCGGGUCCAUCCCGAGCUGGCUCCAUCCUGCGUGCCGGGCAAUGAUCGGGGCAGGAAACGGCUUAAGAUAUUUUAAAAACUUUAUUAUUGGCCCGAUGAGAUUUGACACACAUGCUGGGAGCUGUAUGGAAAUCAGCACUGAUAAAAAAUACAGCAAUUAUGACCCGUAUUGAGAAAAUAGACCAUGUAAGAAGAGCCUUUCUAUUAAAAAAGUUACCCAA